GGCGCGCUCGUUUGUAGCCGAGGUCGCGCGCUCGCCGUACCCUUGCUGGGGGCCGUAAAGCGCGGAAGGUCGCGGGCCGCGGCUUCCCCGGAACUUUUUAUUCCUCCGGCCCGCCCCUCCUCCGGAACCCGCUUCCCGCUCUCCGGCCCGCGGCCACCUUCGGCGACCCCCGGACAACCGCCGUGCAAGCGCCUCGCUUCCGCCGGGGUGUUGCUGAGCGCGGAGCGCGUGCGACCGGUGAGUUUGAAUUCCUGGGAUCUCCAUAACUGACGAUAGCAUAACUCCUGGUUGGUGACAGACGUGAUGUUUUACCGGUUGCUAUCAGUUGCCCGAAGACAAAGAACAAGCCCAGGAUGGCAGAACUGGUCCUCCAUGAGAAGCAACAUGUCAACUGCCGAGGCACAGUCUAUCGCCCUUCCUGCCCAGGCCCAGGUUGUUAUUUGUGGGGGUGGAAUUAUGGGCACAUCUGUGGCCUAUCACCUCUCCAAGAUGGGGUGGACAGAUAUCGUCCUUUUGGAACAGGGCAGGCUGGCUGCUGGCUCUACCAGGUUCUGUGCUGGCAUUCUGAGCACUGCCAGGCACUUGACCAUUGAGCAGAAGAUGGCAGACUAUUCAAACAAACUAUACCAUCAAUUAGAGCAAGAAACAGGGAUUCAAACAGGUUACAUAAGGACAGGCUCAAUCUUUCUGGCUCAAACACAGGACCGGCUCAUUUCCUUGAAGCGUAUCAACUCAAGUCUGAAUGUUACAGGCAUCCCUUCAGAGAUCAUCUCCCCUAAGAAAGUGGCUGAACUUUAUCCUCUUCUCAAUGUGCAUGACCUAGUGGGGGCCAUGCAUGUUCCUGAAGAUGCAGUGGUGUCCUCUGCUGACGUGGCUCUUGCCCUGGCAAGUGCUGCCUCCCAGAAUGGUGUUCAGAUUUAUGACCGGACAACUGUUCUUCACAUAAUGGUCAAAAAAGGCCAAGUUACUGGUGUGGAAACAGAUAAAGGACAGAUUGAAUGCCAGUAUUUUGUCAACUGUGCUGGUCAGUGGGCAUACGAGCUGGGUCUGUCCAACGAGGAGCCGGUUAGUAUCCCGUUACAUGCCUGCGAACACUUCUACCUUCUGACUCGCCCCUUGGAGACCCCUCUGCAGAGCAACACACCAACUAUUGUUGAUGCUGAUGGAAGAAUUUAUAUUCGGAACUGGCAGGGUGGCAUCUUGUCUGGGGGCUUUGAAAAGAACCCAAAACCUAUUUUCACUGAGGGAAAGAACCAGCUGGAAAUUCAGAAUCUGCAGGAAGACUGGGAUCAUUUUGAGCCCCUGUUGAGUUCCCUCCUGCGUAGAAUGCCAGAAUUGGAGACUCUGGAGAUCAUGAAGUUGGUGAAUUGCCCUGAGACCUUCACACCAGACAUGAGGUGCAUCAUGGGCGAGUCUCCUGUAGUACAGGGCUACUUUGUCCUGGCAGGGAUGAACUCUGCUGGCCUGUCAUUUGGUGGAGGAGCUGGGAAGUAUCUUGCUGAAUGGAUGGUACAUGGUUAUCCCUCAGAAAAUAUCUGGGACUUGGACUUGAAACGCUUUGGAGCCCUCCAGAGCAGCCGUACCUUUCUGCGCCACCGGGUCAUGGAAGUCAUGCCUCUGAUAUAUGAUCUGAAGGUUCCCCGUUGGGACUUCCAGACAGGUAGGCAGUUACGCACAUCUCCUCUCUAUGACCGGCUGGAUGCACAAGGAGCCAGAUGGAUGGAGAAACAUGGAUUUGAGAGGCCAAAGUACUUUGUUCCACCUGACAAAGACCUCCUUGCAUUGGAACAGAGCAAGACUUUCUACAAGCCAGACUGGUUUGACAUUGUGGAGGCUGAAGUCAAGUGCUGUAAGGAAGCAGUGUGUGUUAUCGACAUGUCCUCUUUCACAAAGUUUGAGAUAACAUCCACUGGGGAUCAGGCACUAGAAAUUCUACAGUACCUCUUCUCCAACGAUCUGGAUGUGCCCGUGGGCCACAUCGUACAUACUGGCAUGCUCAACGAGGGGGGAGGAUAUGAAAAUGACUGUAGCAUCGCACGCCUGAACAAGCGCAGUUUCUUCAUGAUCUCUCCAACCGACCAGCAGGUCCACUGUUGGGCCUGGCUUAAGAAACACAUGCCGAAAGACAACAACCUGCUGCUGGAGGACGUCACCUGGAAAUACACUGCUCUCAAUCUAAUUGGUCCUCGAGCUGUAGAUGUGCUGUCUGAAUUGUCCUAUGCCCCCAUGACUCCAGACCACUUCCCAACUCUCUUUUGCAAGGAGAUGAGCGUGGGCUAUGCAAACGGGAUCCGGGUGAUGAGCAUGACCCACACAGGAGAGCCGGGAUUCAUGCUUUAUAUCCCCAUAGAGUAUGCUCUGCAUGUAUACAAUGAAGUGAUGAAUGUUGGGCAGAAAUAUGGAAUCCGGAAUGCUGGGUAUUAUGCUCUUCGCAGUCUCCGAAUUGAGAAGUUCUUCGCCUUCUGGGGUCAGGAUUUAAAUACUCUCACCACUCCCCUGGAAUGUGGACGGGAGUCCUGGGUGAAAUUAGAGAAGGGCAUGGAUUUCAUUGGUCGGGAAGCUCUGUUGCAGCAGAAACAAAAUGGGGUGUAUAAACGCUUCACCAUGUUCAUUCUGGAUGACCAUGACACAGACCUGGACCUCUGGCCUUGGUGGGGAGAGCCCAUUUUCCGGAAUGGGCAGUAUGUUGGCAAAACCACUAGCAGUGCCUAUAGCUAUACUUUGGAGCGCCACGUGUGCCUGGGCUUUGUGCACAAUUUUUCUGAAGACAGUGGUGAAGAACAGGUGGUAACCGCUGAUUUCAUUAACCGGGGAGAAUACGAAAUUGACAUUGCAGGCCACCGGUUCCAGGCCAAGGCUAAGCUCUACCCUGUCACUUCCCUCUUUGCCCACAAGCGCCGAAAGGAUGAUGUGGAGCUGAGUGAUUUACAUGGGAAGUAAUGGCAGGGCAAUCUCACCUCCUCCCUAUCAUCUCAUCCCAAGGAACAUCACCUCAGGAGCUUCUUUCUUUCCUCUGACCCUGUCCCUCCUUACUAAACCUUUGCUUCCCAUCUCUUACCUCCUUGAUAUACUCUUAAACUUGACCUACUUUUAAACUUUUGCUUUGCAGCCUCUCUCUCCCUUCCAUCUUUUCCUCCUGUUUGCAGUUUCCCUUCCUAAUACUCUGGGCUUUUCUUGCCAUCCUUUCACCCUGUUCAGAUUCCCAUGGUGGCAGAAGUAUAUCUGACAGGAGGACAGAGGCAGGCUCCACUUGUGGAACUGUAAGGUGAUAAAUUGUGUCAGAUUUCAAAUUCUGUGUCUUACAGCAAAGCAAACUGGUGUUGUACAGGCCUCAGGACAAGGCUCCAUUCUCCUUAGGCUACGGUUUUUUUGGAGUAACUUGUUCAUUUUGGUGGAGCACCUGUGUGUCUGAUGUGGCUCCUGAAAUAGCUUGUGCCUUUUAGGCAGAUCAUUCUGUUCCACUGUGCUGUAGGUUGGCACCCAAUACCUCUAGCAAGAGGAUGAUCAUCUACCUCACUGAUGAGAGGCAUCACAUGGAUAUUAUCUGGUCUGCAGCACAAGCAGUUAAUGUGGCACUAUCCUCCUUUUCCUUCCAGAACAAAAUUUUCAGAUCUUUGGGUCAGGGCAGCGUGCCUAUCAUUUUCUUUAUCCCUUGGUACUCUCGAUCUCUGUGAUGAGCUUGUUUUUUCUUUCCUAGAGAACACAUAUGCCAGUGGUUUUUUUUUUUUUCCCCCCCAGUGCUGGGGAUUGAAUCCAGGGCCUUGCACUUGCAAGGCAAGUACUCUACCAACUGAGCUAUAUCCCCAGCCCUAUGCCAGUGUUUUAAAGGGAAAAACUUUGUUGCCUAUUUUGUUGCUUUUCCCAACUGAAAGGUUCUGACCUCAGAAGGAAUACUGCCCCCAAGGCCAAAAUUUUCUACUGUUAAAACAAUAUUGCCACCAGAUGUGGUGGCACACACCUGUAAUCCCAGUGGCUCAAGGGGCUGAGGUACUAUGCAACUCAGUGAGACCCUGUCUCUAAAUAAAAUACAAAAUAGGGCUUGGGGUGUGGCUCAGUGGUUGAGUGCCUCUUGAGUUCAAUCCCCAGUACCAAAAAGAAAAAAGCCCUUCUUUUAGCUAUUUGAACGUCAGUCAUCCCAUUUUUAUUUUCAAGUGACUCCUAGCUCAGCUUCACAUCUGCCAUGUGCAGUCAGCCCACAAGCUCACCAUACAUUGCCCUCCCUUUAAAGCAGGGAGAAAUUGGGUGGGUUAUCCCAGGUGAGUGAUCAAACCUUGCUGUUCAUGCUGAGUUCCAGAGAACUACUAGAACUUUGUCUCCCUGGUGUGGAACAAAGCUUCACAGAAUGACCAUGUGGAUCAUUGAGAGUCUUCCAUGAAGCUGGAGGACUGCUUUCCAACUUUUCCUUCCAGCUGUCCAUCUCUCUCUGGCCUUGUAUAGUGCCCCAGGAUGCCUUCUACACUUUCAAGCAAUGUUGAUUUUCUGAAGGUGGAACUUGGAUGUCACAGACUAUGUAAUAUAGCCCCAAAACCUCACUUCCCCUUCCAUGUGCACAAACUGCUAUUAGAAAUUUAAUUCAGCUGUAGCCUCACUGUCUUGACAUCUUGGAAGCAAAAGUUCUGUUAAUUCUAUAGGUAUAUUAAAGGAGAUCCUUUCAUUUCUUUAGAGCAGCUUUAAAUUCUCAGGUAUCCACUUUCUCUGGCAAUUCUUUGGAAUCCCUGUUACCCACUCAGACUGGCUCCUUCUAGACAUUACUUGCUAUCCUCCAGCUAGACCAUUCCUACUUGUUUACUGACUUCAGUGUCCCAUCUUUUUUGGGUGGAGGUGGUCUUAAUUGAUUUACUAAGGGUGGUGCUAUAUGGAUCUGCCUGCGGUGACACCUCACCCUAGGAACCAAUUAGAUUUAAGGAAUUGUAGACUUUAGCUUUAGGUGGUUGGGUAGUUUUUUCUCUUUGAAAUGACCCGUCAUCACAUCUUGUGCUCUCUACAUUUUCCUUUUAUCUUGUCAGCAAAUGGUUGUUGAAUCCAAGAACAGAAAGUUUGCUGGCCUCAAAGAGCUCAGGAUCCAGUAUUGAAAGGUUUUUGAGUCCUAGCCCUUGAAAUGUCUAGCCCUUGAAAUGCCAGGGGAAAUCCUGUUUCUUAGCACUACCACAGUCACUUAAAUUUGCAUUGGAAAGAUCUCUCUGCCAUGACAUGGGCACUGAAGUCAGAUCACCUCUACUUCAGAAAGUUUUAAGAGCAAAAAGGGACAAGAACUAACUGCUCAGCCUACUUGAUAUCCUUUAAUCUUGCAUGACAGUUUCACAGUAGCACCUCAUAGGCAGAACAGGCUCCAGCAGAAAACGGAACAUACCACUAUAUUUCUAGAGUUCUUCCAGGGGUCUCUGCACCCCCAAAAUGUGGGAGAUUUGCAUCAGGCCAUAGACACAGGGAUCACUUAGCUCAAUGAUUAAACCUCAGCCCAUUUCUGUAGCAGUGGAGCCUAGCCACUUAAGUUUGGUUCUUGCCAGGAGGUGUGCCAUUCCUGGUUCUCUCUCCUGUACUCGCUAAGAGUUUUACCUGCUUGCAUGCUUUCCUAGGCUGUUGCUUCCAAAAAAGUAAAACAUGAAAAAUAAAUCUUCAGCUCUUAUGGUGUAGUGUACUACCAUGCUGUGCAUGCAUUUGAAAUGUUAGCCUCUUUCCUCACGGGUGGCAAUGGCAAUAUGGGAAUGAAUGGUAGGAGCUUUCUGAAAGUAUGCUUUGCUUCCUAAGAUGCCCCACAGCCUUGAUUUCUGGCUCUGCUUAUCCUAUGGUGUAUGGACACAUUUGCUGACAUUUGAAUGUAUCUACAUCAUCCUUAGAGAACCUGAGACAGAAGGGAAUCUUCUACGGUUUUAGUACCAGGCCUGGGGGACUGUCCUGGUGGUGCAGUUGCAUAAGAUUGCUUUCAGAAGUGAGCUACAAGGUUUAUUUUCAUAUGUUACUUCUUGGCCAGGGUAGUUAACAGGGGUCCUUUAUAAUAUCUAAAAACUCUGGUCACCAUUGGCCAAUACUGAAUAAUAACCCUUGGCCAAUACUGAAUAAUAACCCUCUGCCACUUUAUAUUCCUCUGCAUUCCGUCCCCAACAUGCCCCUCAACAAAACAUAGGCACAUUUUCCUUACUGGUAAAGAAUGUUCAUCCUGCACUUACCAGCAGGCACAUGAAUCAAGGAUGCUGGUAAGCAGGUGAGUGCAUGGAAAUGGUAGAUGAACUAGUUUGCUCUUGAGUUCUAACCACAUCUUGUGUACAUGCAGUAAGUGGCAAGUGAGCUGUGGGUCUGUCUGGUAGUACCUCCUUCCCUCUACCACCUCUUUUUCUGCUUCCACUUAAAGGUGCUGAGUUGUAAGGCCCCGAUUCACGUCAGUGUGGGGCUUGCUGUUACAGUCCCUUAUCACUACCAGUGCACUGUUUUUCACAAGAAUGAUUUUUAUAUGUCUUUGCCUUCUCUUUGUCCAUUAGACAUCACAGUUGUUCCCUGUGUAAGAUUCUUACUUUUCCUGAGCAGAGUGUCUGCAUCUUUUGAAGAAUUACGCAUUUCUUCACAGGCCAUUUUUCUCACAUUUAGGUGCACCUGUGUUUUUAAUCCUCUGCCUCCUUGUUUUCCUGUGAAGGACAAAACUAUAAGAGGAGGCAAGGAUAUUUUUAGCAUCUGUUUCAAAACAUCUGUGCCAGGAUUUCCUUUGCACACCAAGAACUGGAACUUGGAGCACCUCUUUGUCCAAGCCCAGUUCUAGUGCCUUACACUCCAGAAUGUCAGGUGGCAGAUGAAGGUUGGAAGAAUGGGAGAAGGAAGGUUCAUUUCAGUUUGUGGGUUCCCAUUACCCCACAGUCUCUCAUUCCUCCGAACAAAUGGGCAUGAGGUAGACAGUUCUGCAGCUCAUUUCUGUGAAGAAUUUUCUAGCCAUGCAGUUCACAUUACUCUGGUCAACUCUUGGGAUGUAUAACACCACUGUAACUGCAAAGUCCUGUAACUCAUUUGUGUUUAAAUGUGCAGUUCAGCUCAGCCCCCCCGUUCCUGUGCAGAGUUAGCACAUCAUCCUGAAGACACUCUAGGUGCUUGAGUAAAUGGCAUCUUUUCUGAAGAGUCCAGGUGACUUUGGGCGCAUAGGGUGAUUGAGCAUUUCUGCCCUCCAUGAAUGUGUUAUUAAUAGUGUGCACUGUCUUUGUAGCCAGCUGGGUUUCAACUGAUUUUCUUUUCAUGGUACUAGGUAUAUAAAUGAAUAAAGACAUUUUGAUUUCU